AUGGCUUCGUCAAUGCCCAAGGGCGCACCUAGCGUCAUGACCAAGUUUUUAGGUCUAUUACGCAACUAUCGAGAGUCUGUGACUGACGCUGAAGUACGUGAUUACUUUCAGACGGAAGGUGGCGGUGGCUACGACCAGCUACCGGAAGUAAUCAAUACGUUGCUCACUGAGGGCAAGAUCAAGAUAUUUAAGAAGGGGAACGUUCUGUCUUAUGGAAUUGUUGAUGCUGAGGAAGCCGAACGCGUUCGUGGACUCACAUUGGAGCAACGUUUGGUGCUGCAGGAAAUAGAGCGUGCAGGUAAUAAAGGCAUUUGGACUAGAGACAUUAAGUCAAACACAAAUAUUCCGCAGCAACUUGUGACCAAGACGUUGCGACUCCUGGAGACCCGUCAUCUUGUCAAGUCGGUCAAGUCGAUCAGCAGCAAAAACAAAAAGCUAUAUAUGCUAUUUGACUUGGUGCCUUCGACGGAGAUCACAGGUGGUCCAUGGUACAAUGAGCAAGAGUUCGAUCACGAAUUCAUCGACACACUCAGCACUUUUGUCUAUGAAGUGAUCAAGGCAUCAGGAAUGAGUACUUUGCACUCAAUUACCGACAAAGUGCAUGCUUCGGGUAUCUCUAAGGUAGCGCUCGGUCCAGAGGAAAUCUACUCUAUCAUUCAGACGCUCAUGUAUGAUGGUCGUGUUGAAGAAGUGCGUUCAGUGCGGCUAACGCCUGGUACUUCUCACGAGACCAAGUACAAAAUUUCGCAACAGAUCACCACCUUUAAUUAUUUGUCCGACACUCCGUGUGGCGUAUGUCCGGUGUUUGCCCAGUGCCAGGAAGGUAAUGUUAUUUCGCCGCGCUCGUGUCUAUAUAUGACGAAGUGGCUGGGCAUCAAGGAGCUUGACAUUUAG